ACAUCUCAACCCAAAGCAAGUCGGCCGAAGUCUUCUCCGGCAACCAACUUUGUUCUGAGAAAAUACUUCAUUGCUAGCUGUAGCUCGACGGACGGCGGUAAGCAGAACGGCCGGAGGUGAUUCCAUUUGCUGUAGAAAAUCACAAAGUUCGUCUUUUGUCAUCUCCAUUUCUGUAUUUGCUUUUCUAUUUAUUUUGGGAAUUUCAGCUUGUGAUCAUAACUUGUUGGAUGAAAUGCUUAUGAUGUAUCCAAGCAAGAUUAGAAAGAGCAUCAGCCUCAAACAAGGAAGUACUAUAUCUACUACUAAUCUUGGUCCUUCAUUCACUUGAGAUGUCUUUGUGUAGACCUCCACUUCCUCGACUUCUGCUGAAUAACGUCUCGUGUAUGAGAAAUGCUCAACAAAUUUUGCGCCACAUAAAUGUUUCCCUCCAUGAUGGUGGUGCACUGGUACUAACAGGCACCAAUGGCUCUGGUAAAUCCACAUUCUUGCGCAUGUUGGCUGGUUUCUCAAAACCAUCAGCUGGUGAGAUACUCUGGAAUGGCCAUGACAUUACUGAUUCAGGUGUUUUUCAACAGUACAAACUUCAACUCAAUUGGCUGUCUCUUAAGGACGCCAUCAAAGAGAAGUUCACGGUCCUUGACAAUGUUCAAUGGUUUGAAGUUCUUGAAGGCAAGCAAGGGAAGUCGCUGCCAGCUUUGGAACUUAUGGGGCUUGGAAGAUUAGUAAACGAUAAAGCACGGAUGCUUUCUAUGGGUCAAAGGAAAAGGGUACAGCUCGCCAGAUUGUUAGCAAUUGAUCGACCUAUUUGGUUGCUUGAUGAACCUUCAGUAGCAUUGGAUGACGAAGGUGUGAAAUUGCUAGAGUAUAUUAUUGCAGAGCACAGGAAAAAAGGUGGUAUUGUCAUUGUCGCCACCCAUCUGCCUAUUCAGAUCGAGGAUGCAAUGUUUUUAAGGUUGCCACCAAGGUUCCCUAGAAGGAUGACUUUAGUAGACAUGCUUGAUAGAGGCGGCCUCGACUGAUCAUUAAGAAGAUAAAGAGUCCAAUCUAAAGAAGCUCUCCAAUGAAUUCAAAAGGGAGCUGUUUUCUCUUUCAUUCUUGAUGAUUGCAAGAAUUUCUCUAUCUUUACUUUGUUAGCUCCUCCUCAAUUUGCACUUCACUUUGCCCCUAAAAUGUGCUGAGAACACAUGCCCUCAUUGGUCUAAUGGUAUGAACGGCAACAUUGGAUGUGUGGAUUAGACGAAUGUCACGAGUUUGAAUUCGUUGCAGACAAAAGCUUGUAAUUUAAGCAGCAAGGAGGGGUAAGUUCAUUAUCCAUCGAGUUUCGAACCCUGUCGGCCGGCACUCGGGGAUUUCUAGUUUUUUUGUAAAAGAAUUUUUGUAGAUAACACCUUGCAUCAGAUUAUCAGAUGUUGCGUUUCUCUUAUACAACAUCCCAAAUAGCUUUAUUGUUUGUAUGCUAGUUUGAACCACAGAAUUCAGUACUUAUUUGGCUUUUGUAACAACUUUGGACAUUACAAUAUAAGAUAAGUCUUAGCUUUGUUUUGUCAGCAAA